UAAGCAACAGUUGAAGCGGCAACGAGCAAUGAAAUUAUAACAAAAAUAUUGAUUUAUUUUCGAUGCCUGAAGAAGUGUCCCUAGCUAAAAACAGCAUGAAUCAAUUAUUAUUAUAAUGUACAAAGUAGCUUUAAUUAUAUACAAUACAUUAUACUGAAUAAGUUUAUUGCUAUGGGUCUAUACAGGCUGUUCAGUUAUAAUGUGGAAAUUCAGUACAAAAGUUAUUUCCUCUCCAAAGCGAUGUUGUUUACAUUCAUCACAACAGUUUUGAAUAUAGGUUUACCAUUUUUAAUAGCAUACAGAAGUAGAGGCUUUUGGCUAAAUUCGCAUUAUUUUUAUGAAAAGCCGGUGAUUCGCCCUACCUUUGAUUACUUACUUAUAGCAGAAACUAGUGAUCCUAGUGUUACAUUAACAUGUGGUGAUACACACAUAGUUAAUUAUGAAAAUAAGGAUUUUGAAGAACAUUGUGCAGAGGUUCAGAUUCAAGAACAUGAUUAUAAUAAGGAUAAUAGGAAUGAUAUGUUAAAUUUUAGACUUAAUAUAAAUGUACCAAAUAUGCACACAAUCUCUUCCAUAAUUUUAAUUUUAGGCCUUGAUUUCCAUUUAAUGAGUGUAUGUCUACUACAAAUGCAGAGUUUAGCCGUUAUAACAAGAGAUUUUGCAGUACCAUCUUCUGGUCUCAAGUUUCAUGGACAUCUGAAAUUUGAUCAAACUUCACAUUUACCAUGUUUAAGGCAUCAUAUUGAUACAACUAAUAAUAUAUCAUUAUUUAAUAUACCAAAAUAUACUGAAAAUAAUGUGGACUUUAUGAUGGAAAACUAUCUUUCAAGAGAGACAACAACUCUUGUAAAACCUAUAUAUGUAAGAAAUCAAAUUGGUUCAACAGGGACUUUUCUUAUUGAUGUCCAUCUAAAAAUACCUGAAAUGAAAAUAUUGUACACUCCAAGUAUUUUACAAGAAAUCAAAUGGGCCUGGCCUCAAUAUCUAUCCAUGGUUGUUGUAUUUUAUUGGAUCUUUAGCAAAAUAAAGAGAUUUGUUUUUAACAAUCGUUUGCUUAUGGCAUGGGAAAUCAUUCCUUGGAAAAAACCACAAUGAAGCUCCAAGAUUGGAAUAUGAAGCUAGUUAAUAUCCCAAAAAUGUAAGAAAAACCAUAUAUUCAGAAGGUUCAAAUUCACGAAAAUAUGGUUCAUUUCAGAAACAAUAUAUGGAAAAUACAAAGGAUUGUUUUUGAUAAAAUUAAAAUACAAAUAAGGUAUGAAAAUAAAGCAAUGCCAACAUAA